UCGCAGCCACUUAUAGUGCACCGGUACAUAGGUAAGACACGGUGUCUGACUGUCUGUCACUCAUCGCGGGAAGAGGGCAGAAGCAACUGGACUUGCAGAGUCAACCCAUCCGGUGCGCCCACACACCAGCCGAGAUUCAUAAGGCCGAGUUGGAGCAUUAUUGACUCAAGACGCGCAGAGACGCCACACUUGGACCUGACAGCCCACUAAUCGACAAACCACCUUCAGUCUAACAUGGAGCGCAAAAUCCCUGAUUUCGCUGGCACUUGGGAGAUGAAGAGUUCUGAAAACUUUGACGAACUUUUGAAAAAGUUGGGUGUAAACAAGAUGCUGCGUUUGAUUGCCGUGAAGGCAGCCUCCAAGCCGUUGGUGGAGAUCUCGCAGGACGGAGAGAAGCUGUCCAUUAAAACCUCCACCACAGUGCGCACCACCCACAUCACUUUCACCGUGGGGCAGGAGUUCAAUGAGGCCACGGUGGACGGACGCCCCUGCACGAGUUUUCCACUUUGGGAAACCGACAGUAAGAUCAGUUGUGAGCAGACUCUGCCGAAAGGAGAAGGACCGAAGACGUCGUGGACCCGAGAGAUCACCAAUGACGGAAAACUGAUCCUGACCAUGGGAGCGGAUGAUGUGAUAUGCACCAGACUCUACGAGCGACAAUGAACCAGAGCACUUCGCACUCCCCCCCCCCCCCUCUCCUGCAUCACCACUUGCAUCUCUUCAACCCCUUUGCUGUGGCAGGACGGGGAGACCGCAGUCUUUAGUUUUUUAUUCCAUUAUCUCUGUUCGCCUCACUAUGUAAUAAGUGUGGCCGCUGUGUGUCACAUAUCCACACGGUGGUCUGAGCUCCUCAGUUAUCUCAGCAGCUCCAUCAAACGUGACCAGCUGGGUUUUAAACAUGAAAAUGUAUGUUGGAUUUGUUGAGUGACAGCGCCAUUUAUUUGGCAGUGUGUGUGUGUGGGUGAGGCAGCAGAAGAGGUGUGAGACUAUAUUUGUAGAUGUGUAAACCAAUCUUUGAGCUCUUCCAGUUUCAGGUCAGUUUUGAUGUGCACCUCCUCUCUGUUCCUUUAGCCCUGCCCCACAACUUUAACCUUUUCUCUAUCAUGACGACGUUUAUAUUUAUUACUUCAUUAGAAGCCUGCGACAGUACUGCUUACGUUUUUACUUUGUGUCUCUUUUAUACGAAAUGUUAUCAUAGGAAACAACACUUUCUAUGGGAAAACAAUAAAGCACGAUAUUAACUCAGCCUGACGUCGACUCUUGGCCCUCCGAUACUGAAAACCAUUAGCUGCAUAAAAGCUUUUAACAGAGCACAUGUUUUAUGGUUUGUGGGUGUAGCUGUGGAAUAUGUGCACAUUAGAUAGCUCAAUCUUAUUUUAGUCUUUCUGUCAGCUGUCUGCAACUAGAAUAACUUGUCUGUGCCCUCCCUCUCCGUCUCUCGCUCACUCUCAGUUUGUUUGUUUCCUCAUCCCUCCCAUUCGCCUCUCUGUCAGUCAUCUCUCUGCCACAUGCCCUCAUUAUUCACGCCGUGCAAAGUUCCAAGGCUAAAUACUUUUCCAUUUGACUUUUCCUUUCUCUGUCUGGUCACUUUUAUUGCACAUUUCAUGUGGAUCUGUCCAUCCUGAAAUGUCCCCUGGCAAAUGAAGCAACAUACAGAGGGCCAGCUGUGGGAACUGCUCUGUUUUAUUUCCAUUUAACUUGCCAGUUGGUUAAAUUUAGUUUUUAUUCCCCAGGAAUCUAAAGUCUUUAAAGGCUCCUUGACUUAAAAGAAUAGUUUCACAUUUAGGGUAGCACGCUACUCGCUCUCUUAAGGGGACUUAAUCGCCCUGAUGUGUAUAUUAUUAUUCGCCUCGGUGGCUUCUCGCAGAGGUGUUCUCAUGACUUCGCCACUUGAACACAAGCAUGGCUUGUACACAGCUUCCCACGUCGUAACCACAAGCUCCAUUCAAAGGCAUUACAGGUACAAUAUACUUAUGUUGUUUAAGGAUAAAACCAACUAGACAUGAUGACUUCAUUGGUGAGCUUUAGAAUUAUUGCGAGGUGGGUUUUGCCAUUUGUUGUACAGUCAGGCUAGCUGUUUCCUUUUGUUUCAGUAUUUAUGCUAAGCUAAGCCAACAUCCGUUAAUGUAUGGAACAGCUGUUGUUAUGGCAACUAAGGCUGAUAAGGCAAAUAGAGGUCAACUUGAAAUGAUUAUGGGUCGGUGAACAACUUGACCAAUCAUCAAAUGAUCGGUGGGCACGUCUAAAAUGGCAGGAAAUGCCAAUUAGAUGACAAGGUACAGCGGGCUGGCAGCAGACCGUUAAGGAACCUGGAAAUGAAAAAGGGCUGGGGAGAAAGAUGGAUGACCCCACGUUCAUAGACACACACACACACACAAUUAAAAACUAGAUUAUUUCAAGAGAAAGUAUGUGAUGCUAAAACAGCUCUUUCAUUUGAUUUUUUUCUUUUUCUUUUUUACAACUAUCUCUUCAUCUCUCUUCUUGCCCUGCAGCUGUGUGUAGUUAUACAGUGUGACCCCAAUAAAGUCCCCCCCUCUGCCUCCUGCCCUAAUAAAAGGGCUAAAUAACUA